AUGUCGCCUGUUAACACCAAAAAAGUGGGUCUUCAAACUGCCCUUAUACACUCUGAUGAUGCCAUUAGCAAGGAAUCCGAUGUGUCGCCCGCUAUUCAUCUCUCUACAACUUACGACUAUGACAGCGAUGCAGAACCCAUAAAAUGGACUGCCGAUAAAGAGUAUGUUUAUUAUUCGCGUAUUUGGAACGAGACGACUUCUCGUGCUGAGGCUGCUGUUUCAGCUAUUGUGAAUGCCAAUGCUGUUUUAUAUGCUUCUGGUUUGGCAGCAAUUUUUGCUUUGUUCACUCAUUUGCAUCCCAAACGUGUUGCUAUUCACACUCCGGGAACUGGUGGAUAUGGUGGUGUAGUAAGAAUUAUUGACAUUAUGAAGCGUUUAUCAAAUACGCAAGUCCUUUACAUUGACGAAAACUGUGAAGGUAUCCAAAAACACGACUUGAUUUUCCUCGAGUCACCAAUUAAUCCUUCUGGCGAAUGCUGCGACAUCGCCUAUUAUGCUAAGCUUGCUCACAGCAAAGGCGCACUUUUGGCUGUCGACUCGACGCUUGCUCCUCCGCCGUUGCAGGAUCCAUUUACAUUGGGCGCAGACUACGUUGUGCAUUCGGCUACCAAAUACCUUGCUGGACACAGCGAUGUUUUGGCUGGUAUCGUAGCCACCAAGGAUCCCAAAGUUGCCCAAGAAUUGCGCUUUGAUCGUAUACAUCUUGGAAGCAUCCUGCAGCCUGUUUCUUCUCACACGCUUCUUCGCUCUCUGCGUACAUUUUCUCUGCGCAUUCAGCAACACAGUAAAAAUGGAUACGCCAUUGCACAGCAUUUGUAUCGGUUGUCUACGGAUGCGGAAUUUGCCAAAUCACUUGGAAUCGAUGGCACUCUUGUAAAAAAAGUGCAUCAUGACUCCUUGCAAACGGAGUCGUUUGUACGCAAGACACUUGUGGGUGGACACGUUUCUUGCUUCAGUGUCGUUUUCCGCACUCCAGAAAUUGCCAAGAAAUUCUGCACAAGCCUCCAGUUCUUCCAUCAUGCUACAUCUCUUGGUAGCGUUGAAAGCCUGUGUGAAUGGCGUCUUAUGAGCGACCCCAAUGUCAAUCCAUCGUUGGUGCGUUUGUCCAUUGGCAUUGAGGAUAUUUCGGACUUAAUUUCUGAUAUUAACCGAGUUCUGGCUUCUGUAACCUCAGAGUCGAAGACCAGUGCACGUGGAGAUGAGCAAUAUGACAACUAA